GUGGAGUGAGGUGUCUCGUCGUAUUGAGCUGUGGGCUUCUAUCCAGGAGCUGAAUGAGCAGGGGGACUACUCUGAUGUAGAGAUGCAGCCUGAGAAGGACAUCAGUACUGGAGGAGUGUUCCAGCUCAGACAGGUAACACAGCCUGGGAAGGACAUCAGUACUGGAGGAGUGUUCCAGCUCAGACAGGUAAACAGCCAGGGAAGGACAUCAGUACUGGAGGAGUGUUCCAGCUCAGACACAGGUAACACAGCCUGGGAAGGACAUCAGUACUGGAGGAGUGUUCCAGCUCAGACAGGUAACACAGCCGGGAAGGACAUCAGUACUGGAGGAGUGUUCCCUCUCAGACAGGUAACACAAGCCUGAGAAGGACAUCAGUACUGGAGGAGUGUUCCAGCUCAGACAGGUAACACAGCCUGAGAAGGACAUCAGUACUGGAGGAGUGUUCCAGCUCAGACAGGUAACACAGCCAGGGAAGGACAUCAGUACUGGAGGAGUGUUCCAGCUCAGACAGUAAACAGCCAGGGUAAGGACAUCAGUUACUGGAGGAGUGUUCCAGCUCAGACAGGUAACACAGCCUGGGAAGGACAUCAGUACUGGAGGAGUGUUCCAGCUCAGACAGGUAAACAGCCGGGAAGGACAUCAGUACUGGAGGAGUGUUCCAGCUCAGACAGGUAACACAGCCUGGGAAGGACAUCAGACUGGAGGAGUGUUCCAGCUCAGACAGGUAACACAGCCUGAGAAGGACAUCAGUACUGGAGAAGUGUUCCAGCUCAGACAGGUAACACAGCCUGAGAAGGACAUCAGUACUGGAGAAGUGUUCCAGCUCAGACAGGUAACACAGCCUGAGAAGGACAUCAGUACUGGAGAAGUGUUCCAGCUCAGACAGGUAACACAGCCUGGGAAGGACAUCAGUACUGGAGGAGUGUUCCAGCUCAGACAGGUAACACAGCCAGGGAAGGACAUCAGUACUGGAGGAGUGUUCCAGCUCAUACAGGUAACACAGCCAGGGAAGGACAUCAGUACUGGAGGAGUGUUCCAGCUCAGACAGGUAACUAAGCCAGGGAAGGACAUCAGUACUGGAGGAGUGUUCCAGCUCAGACAGGUAACACAGCCUGGGAAGGACAUCAGUACUGGAGGAGUGUUCCAGCUCAGACAGGUAACACAGCCAGGGAAGGACAUCAGUACUGGAGGAGUGUUCCAGCUCAGACAGGUAACACAGCCUGGGAAGGACAUCAGUACUGGAGGAGUGUUCCAGCUCAGACAGGUAACACAGCCUGGGAAGGACAUCAGUACUGGAGGAGUGUUCCAGCUCAGACAGGUAACACAGCCUGAGAAGGACAUCAGUACUGGAGGAGUGUUCCAGCUCAGACAGGUAACACAGCCAGGGAAGGACAUCAGUACUGGAGGAGUGUUCCAGCUCAGACAGGUAACAGGACAGCACAGACUCCAUGGAUAAAUAGUGACCUGGACACCAAUAAAUAAGCAGUGCUAAAGUAACAUUUAAAGGGACAUUUCACUCAUAAAGUUUGUCAGAUGUUUCCAGCCCUUAAAAGUAGAGUGAUGUCAAGAUGAAACCACGUCCCACGACAUCGGUUGUAUAGAUCCAGUUAUAUGCCUCAUUGCCUCAAUCCCAAAUGAAUGGAAAAGAUGAACGCCGUCUAAUUUCCUGUUUGUCCUGGUUUUCUUCUGUGCUUAUCUUCAUUGUAAUUGGCCGUCUGUAUGUUAAGCAGGCUACAUGGAUGGCGUGUGUGUUCUCAGGGUCACUCUCGCAGGCUGCAGGUGUGUGUGAAGCAGGUGCAGGACUCUGGGACUCUGCCUCUGUUGGUGGAGGCUGUUCUGUCUGUCUCUGUCGGCUGUGUGUCUGCACGCUCCACCAAGCUGCAGAGACCCCUGGACAGCUAUCAGGUCAGUGGCACACACCACUACACACAAACUAUCACACACACACACAAUCACAUCCAGCAUAUUGCUAUAUAAAAUAAUUUGCAAGAGAUGUGUCAGUGUGGCAAUGUUAUAUGUCAGAUUUGCUUCCGCUUUAAAAUAUACAAAUGUGGUGUUAUAUGUACUGUAUUGGUCAAGGAAAUGCAUGUUGGUGAUGGUGAUGGUGAUAGUGGAGAUGGUGAUGGUGAUAGUGGAGAUGGUGAUGGUGAUGGUGAUAGUGGAGAUGGUGAUGGUGAUGGUGAUAGUGGAGAUGGUGAUGGUGAUGGUGAUAGUGAUGAUGGUGGAGAUGGUGAUGGUGAAGUGGAGAUGGUGAUGGUGGUGGUGUGACUAGCGGGUGGUGAUUCUGGUUCUGGGCCUACUGCCAUGACUAGAUCAUGGGCUGCUGUAAGGUUGUCUGUAAAUCUAAUGAAGGAUGCAGAAUGUAUGGGUUCACAUUACUGUAACACACAUACACACACACACACACACACACAGAGAGACACACACAGAGACACACACCAUGCCCUGGGAUGAGACCAUAGCACUAGACUACAGUUCUACUGCCUAAUGGUGGACUGGAGAUAUUUACAGUAUUAUAAUACUGUACUGUGUAUCUGGACAUGAUGAAAUCCUAGUAAUAAUCAAUCUCCGCAUCCUGUAGUUUUCAGAUGGAAGAUCCUUAGGCUACCAUGUCAAAGCUGUCUGAUGUAGGGAAAGAAAGGUUCCAAUCAUCAAUUAUUCCACUGGAGGGAGACAUCUGUAGAAUGAUGGAACCAUAGAAAUAUAUUCAUCUGCUGUGUAGAAUGUAGAAAGGUCAACACAUUUGAUUGUUGUGUAUCAAUCGAAUACAUUGAGUGAUCUGGUUAGGCUAUUCCCUAGUUGGACCACUAUUUUUCACCUUAAGUUGACUACAGUGUUUCCACUGCAGUCAUUUUAGCUGUGGCGCUGCGCCACGGCAAAAUCAUUUACGCCACGCCCACUAAAAAUAUGGAACAUAAAACAAAUAUUUCUGCCGAGGCGCACUUUGAAGAUGCCAGAACAUUCUACAUUUAUUUUGAGCCGACUAGGUGAAAAAUCUGCCGAUAUGCCCUUGAGCAAGGCACUUAACCCUAAUUGCUCCUGUAAGUCGCUCUGGAUAAGAGCAUCUGCUAAAUGACAAAAAAAUUAAAUUAUGCCAGAACAUUCUACAUUUAUGCCAGAACAUUCCACAUGUACUUUUCUUCUUCAAACAAAACGAGUAAUGAAUAGAAAACUCAGACCCUAAUAGAAUAGUUGAUCUAUUUACCUCGUCGGCUUGUUGUUGUGUGUUCUAUGCUAGAAAGAAAUUAAGCUCGAGGCGCAUUCAAGUUACGAGUGCCAUAGUGAGGGAAACUGACAAGCAGUCAAUGCACAACAAUUCUUGCAAUCACGUGGGAAAACAGCGGUUUUAAUGGCCUUUGUGAAAGAGAGGGGAAUCCCAGCUUUCCAGUCCUGCUUUAUUUAUUUCUCAACUCUUAAAUAUGUACGAACUGCACCAUUUAAUUUCUGUAUAAAUGUUGUUGUUUUUUUUAACCCUGAGUUUUUUGGGGGGUAAAACGCCAACCUAUCUCAAAAUCAUGUUUUGGGAGUGAGACAGAUUACAUUUUUAGUUGAGCAAGAGUAGUGGCAACCAGGGAAAGUGUUGGGGGGGGGGAAAUUGUGACUUGAAGUGGUUUCUGUGAGAAGUACAGGCAGGGGGCGUUUUACCCCGGGUGACGGUUACCCCACGCUACCCUAACAGGUAGGCCUAAAUUAUAUGAGAUAAAAUUCAUCAAUAGGAUGCUAACUAGUUAAAAGAUCACAUUUGGGAUCUAGCUAAUGAUUAACCCAAUAGGGUAAAUGCAGAUGGGCAACCCCAUGCUUCAGCCUAUGUAUUUAUAGCCACUAUGCUGCAUCAGUUGGACUACAGGUGAUAAUGCCUGUUGCUAAUAGCAUCCCUGAUAAUAUGGACCAUGCAUAGGCUGUAUGGAUGGUCCAAUAUGUUAAAAUGUAUUUUUUGCAAUAUGUUAUUGGGCUUAAUUCUGGAGGUGGAAAUUAUAUUUUAGAUGGGAGUCAGCAUAAUUUUAUGUUCAUUCAUUUUGGAGUACAAUGUCCUUUUAAAAAGUCACCAGAACUGAGCUUCUCAGUUCAUCUACAUAAAAAUGAUCUGGGAGAGGGGGGGGAUCAUUUUUAUGUAGAAGGACCAAGAAGCAACCUUUUACCCCCACUGCUACAAACUUUUCGAGAGGAAACACAAUGUAAUUUAGUUAGCCAGUGACAUCUCCAAUGCCACUGACCCUAGUUGUAGCUGGAUUUACAUUUGACAUGUUAGUCAUUUAGCAGACGCUCUUAUCCAGAGCCACUUCCAGACAGUGGAGAGUAGUGUGUCUGCCUGUCUAUCUGCCUGUCUGUCUGACUGACUGAGUGUACUGUACUGUGCUGUGUUCUGUCCUGCCAGAGGGAGGAGGAGGAUGGAGAUAUGGAUAGUUAUCAGGUAUACUGUAACUCCUCAGUCUGCUGCUACUACUGCUGCUGCUGCUACUGCUGCCAAUGAUGAUGAGGCAUUAUGGAUGGUGCUGCCUCCUAGUACUGCUAGGGUUGCAACAUUCCCAUAACUGUAAAAAAAAAAAUAUAUAUAUAUAUAUAUAUAUAUAUAUAUAUAUAUAAAUCCCAGGUUUUCCAGAUGGAAUCAAGAUGGAAUUAACAGGAAAUCCGGGAAUCCUCCAACUGGGAUUUCUGGAAAACCUUGGAUUUUUUUUUUUGAUUUCCCAGAAAUGUUCAACCCUAACUACUGCCAAUGAUGAUGACGAGCCAUGAUGGAUGGAAACCAGCUUCUGGUUAUGUGCUUGCAGACAGGGGGCGCCACUGAGAAGGGGGCGCAGGGGGUGGGAGGCAGGAGACUAGAAACUAGGGGGAGUAGGGGGUGGGAGACAGGAGACUAGAGGAGUAGGGGGGUGGGAGACAGGAGACUAGAGAGUAGGUGGUGGGAGACAGGAGACUAGAGGAGUAGGUGGUGGGAAGCAGAGAGACUAGAGGAGUAGGUGGUGGGAGACAGGAGACUAAGGAGUAGUGGGGUGGGAGGCAGGAGACUAGAUAAGGGGAGUAGGGGGUGGGAGACAGGAGACUAGAGGAGUAGGGGGUGGGAGACAGGAGACUAGAGGAGUAGGGGGUGGGAGACUAGAGGAGUAGGGGGUGGGAGACAGGAGACUAGAGGAGUAGGGGGUGGGAGACAGGAGACUAGAGGAGUAGGGGGUGGGAGACAGGAGACUAGAGGAGUAGGGGGUGGGAGACAGGAGACUAAGAGAUCGGUGGUUGAAUAACAGGAGUGAGACAGGAGACUAGAGGAGAGGGGGUGGGAGACAGAGAACUAGAGGAGUAGGGGGGUGGGAGACAGGAGAAUAGAGGAGUAAGGGGGGAGAUGAGAGACAGGAGACUAGGGAGUAGGGGUGGGAGACAGGAGACUAGAGGAGUAGGGGGUGGAGACAGGAGAAUAGAGGAGUAGGGGGUGGGAGACAGGAGACUAGAGGAGUAGGUGGUGGGAGACAGGAGACUAGAGGAGUAGGGGUGGGAGACAGGAGACUAGAGGAGUAGGGGGUGGGAGACAGGAGACUAGAGGAGUAGGUGGUGGGAGACUAGAGGAGUAGGGGUUGGGAGACUAGAGGAGUAGGGGGUGGGAGACAGGAGACUAGAGGAGUAGGGGGUGGGAGACAGGAGACUAGAGGAGUAGGGGGUGGGAGACAGGAGACUAGAGGAGUAGGGGGUUGGAGAGACAGGAGACUAGAGGAGUAGGGGGGUGGGAGACUAGAGGAGUAGGGGUUGGGAGACAGGAGACUAGAACUAGAUCACUGAGUUUUCCCUGGUCAGGUCUAGUGGUCAGGACAAACCCCUGGUCCUAGGUCCGGCCUCACAGAGUGGAACAUGAUUGGGUAAUGUUGUACACUUUUAGAGGAGAACUCUUGCCUCCAAGCACAUUUUUGGACAUGGAUGGCACUGGUCUAAAUAAAUAAUGUCAGCCAACCAAAGAAAACAAUUAGAAAACCUUUUUAAGGCAGCACCCCAGGCCCAGAUAGAUCACUCAUAUUCUGGGUUUCUUUCCUCCCACUCGACAUUGCCCUGGUGUCUGUCUGUCGUCUGUCUGUGUGUGGUCCAGUCUGUCCCUCGGUCCUACCACCCCCUCAGUCCCUCAGGUUAAACCAACACACACUAACCUCCUUCCUGUCUGCUUCUCAACCUGCUACUCAAGAGCUGCUGCAGGAGACAUGUUGUGCCUCACCUCACUCAAUCACAUGACCAACGCAUGGCUGCAUCGAUGCAUGACUCAUUUUGCAUGACAGGGGAGUUGAGUUCACUUGCAGUUCCACAGAGGUUGUUUCACUUUGGUUGACUGAAAACCACCAAUUGGAAUGGGUCAGUGUUUCUGUAUGUUGGUUUCCCCAUGUAAUCAGGUAGGACAUGGAACCGAGUGUUGGUCUCCCCAUGUAAUCAGGUAGGACAUGGAACAGAGUGUUGGUCUCCCCAUGUAAUCAGGUAGGACAUGGAACAGAGUGUUGGUCUCCCCAUGUAAUCAGGUAGGACAUGGAACCGAGUGUUGGUCUCCCCAUGUAAUCAGGUAGGACAUGGAACAGAGUGUUGGUCUCCCCAUGUAAUCAGGUAGGACAUGGAACCGAGUGUUGGUCUCCCCAUGUAAUCAGGUAGGACAUGGAACAGAGUGUUGGUCUCCCCAUGUAAUCAGGUAGGACAUGGAACAGAGGGUGUGUCUCUGUGUUCCAGAGGAUGGGCCUGAGCAGGCCAGUGUAGUGUAGACUCACUGAUCAUCACCUUGAAACAACUGUCCAUUAAGUGAUCCAUAUUUAUAAAGAUUGGUGAAUCUGUGCAGUGUUUUGCUCAGGCCUAUCCUUUCCAAUGCAGUGUGUGUGUGUGUGUGUGUGUGUGUGUGUGUGUGUGUGUGUGUGUGUGUGUGUGUGUGUGUGUGUGUGUGUGUGUGUGUGUGUGUGUGUGUGUGUGUGUGUGUGUGUGUGUGUGUGUGUGUGUGUGUGUGUGUGUGUGUGUGUGAGAGAUCAGGAAUGGGGGUGGAGUGUGCAUGUGUGUGGUCGUGAUCGUGCUGGGUGGGUAGUUUGAUCAUGGUAAUGUAAUCUUUUAAUCAGCCAACAGUACAUUAAAGGCUCAGAGCCUGGGAGCCAUUCCAUUUCCUGAUAGCGUUUGGGACUUUUUUCAAUACACUUUGAGAAAGAGGAUUAACUUUGACUUGGCUUUUAGGGCCUCACACUCUGGCUUCUCACGGUGGUCAUGUGGGGUCUACUGGGGUAAAGGAAGUAUGAAUCUGCCCUUGGCGCCCAUUCAAAUCAGCCCAAAUUUGACCUGACUGAACGUCCUGUAAUGCUGCAGCCCACUGACAGCGAUACUGUCUUCUCUUGACCUGUAGGAGGAGGACCUGAACUGUGUGAGGGAGCGCUGGUCUGAGGCCCUCAUCAAACGACGAGAGUACCUGGACGAACAGAUCAACAAGAUCAUCAACAAACAGGGUGAGUCCCAGGCCUGGACUAUGCAGCUACACUCUGUACCUGGAUCUGUCCUUUCAAUUACUUUAGUUGCGCUUGAUUUAGCUUAUUCAGCAUUCUUGGUGGGCAGGUUUUUCCCUUUUGGGACUUGGUUUCUGUUACACUCCUCCUCCUCACACUCCUUCCGUUAUCACCCUCACCCCCCCCCCCCCUUCUCUCUCUGUGUGUGUCUCUCUCUCUGUGUCUCUCUCUCUCUCUCCAGAGAAGUCAGAGGAGGACAUGGAGAGGGAGGCCAGGCUGGUGGAACAGUGGGUAGGGCUGACUGAGGAGAAGAACGCUGUACUGGUGCCCGCGCCUGGCAGUGGCAUACCUGGUGCCCCUGCCCACUGGUAAGUCUGAUGGUCAUUCUUUAAUACACCGAAUGAAAUAAUCACUGAAUGUAUGUCUGCUUUUAUACAUUACACAACCUUAGAGUUUGGCUCUCUGUAGUACUGUUUGAAACUGCCUCUGACCCUGUGUUCUACUGUGUCACUGUUGCAGGGCUCCCUCUGCUGGGAUGGAAGCUCACAUCCCUGUCCUCUUCUUGGACUUGAAUGGUAAGGCCUGGAAUCCCCUUAAUAGUGACAUUAAACCACUUUAUGCCUCACUGGACUGAUGAAUUACAACCAUUAUAGUCAAAAUGCACCUCUGCAGCAGACACCCUGACAGUGAAUGAACAGUUAACAGGACCUAACCUCUGACCCAGUGGUAUUCAAACUUUUUCAGCGGGGACCCCAUUUUUUCCCCCCAACUUUUUUUGUUGACCUUACCCCACCCCAAAUCUAAUGACACAACCUUAAAAUCGGUGCAUUUCAAUUUUUACGUCAACAAAUAACCUUCAAUUCAUUGCAUUUUAAUCUCUUAUUUAAAGGAAAAUAAAUAAAUAAAUACAUACAUUUGUAUGUUGUCCCAUGACACUCUCUUAAUUUUUGGGUCAUAAAAAUGUUUAAUAAUUGCCAACCCCACUGCAGACCCUCUCUCUGUGUGUCUCUGUCACCUCUGCAGCAGACAACCUGACAGUGAAUGAACAGUUAACAGGACCCAACGCUGCCGGGGUUAACUCUAUCCUGCCCAAGGAGCAUGGCAGCCAAUUCUUCUACCUGCCCAUCAUCAGACACAGUGAUGACGAGGUAGAGUACUGUGUGUGUGUGUGUGUGUGUGUGUGUGUGUGUGUGUGUGUGUUUGUGUGUGUUUGUGUGUGUGUGUGUGUGUGUGUGUGUGUGUGUGUGUGUGUGUGUGUGUGUGUGUGUGUGUGUGUGUGUGUGUGUGUGUGUGUGUGUGUGCGCAUGCACUGGCCACUUCCCAUUUUCCCGAAAUCCCGGUUGGAAGAUUCUCGGAAUCAGGAGGAAAUACGCAGGAAACCCGGGAGUCCUCCAAUCAGGAUUUCUGGAAAACCUGGAAAUAAUUUUGGGAAACUUACCGGAAUUUUGCAACCGUAAGAAUAAUAGUUGUGUGUGUUUUCCCACCAUGCAGUACAGCAUGUAACUAACUGCUGUCUGUCAUUUGUCCUCCUGCCACCAGGUGUCAGCGAUGUGCUCCUGGGACUCAUCCAUCCACGACUCUGCGCACCUGAACCGCGUGACAUCACCCAACGAGCGUAUCUACGUGAUCAUUAAAGCCACUGUGCAGCUCAGCCACCCUGCCUCCAUGGAACUGGUGGUCCGAAAGAGGAUCUCUGUCAACAUCUACAACAAACAGGUCUGCACUGACUGGACUGGAGACACACACACACAGACUGACUGACAGACAAACAUCUGUCAACAUCUACAACAAACAGGUCUGCACUGACUGGACCGGUCUGGUGCCUACUGACAUGGCUGACAGCACAUUAAGCCCGACCCAGAUUAAGCCUAGUCCUGGACUAAAAGGCAUGCUAGGACUAGGUUUCACCUCUGUCUGGGAAUCUGGCCCUGUAACUCUCUCUGUCUGGCAGCCUGUUACUCAAUGUGCAGAACAGAUAGGCUUUCAUGAGAAUGCCAUAAAAUAUUGUAUAUUUUAAUGUCUCGUCUGUGAUGUAAUGUGCUCAGUACUGAUCCACCAUGUUGUUUUUCUCUGACGUAGAGCUUCACCCAGAGUCUGAAGAGAAGGAUGUCCUUGAAGAACAUGCUGUACUCCUGUGGAGUCACUUAUGAGAUUCUGUCUAAUAUACCAAAGGUAAACAGCUUUACUGUUACUGUGUUCAAUAUAGUAGACCAACAAGAAUGUGUCCAAAAUGGACCAUCUGUAGGGGACUAGUAUCUCUGGAUACAUUUUUGGUAUCCAGAGAUAAUGGUACAUUAAAAGUCUUGUUGAUUCAUUUUUUUGAAGGAGUGGGGGAGUCCCACUUGUCACAUGUUUAUGGUUUAUUGGAUAGGACAAGGUCUAUUUGAUAUCAAAUCAAAGGUUAAGUGUCACAUGCUUCAUAGACAACAGGUGUAGACUAACAGUGAAAUGCUUAAUUACGGGUCCUUUUAAGCAUUGCAGAGAGAAAGAUUAUUUUAUUUUUUAAACAUUUGAAUUAGUGACAUGAGGAAUAAAUACACAGUGAAUAACGAAUAACAAUAAUGAGUAAAAAUAACAUGGCUAUGUACAGGGAGUAGAAAAUAACAUGGCUAUAUACAGGAAGUAGAAAAUAACAUGGCUAUAUACAGGGAGUAGAAAAUAACAUGGCUAUAUACAGGGAGUAGAAAAUAACAUGGCUAUAUACAGGGAGUAGAAAAUAACAUGACUAUAUACAGGAAGUAGAAAAUAACAUGUCUAUAUACAGGGAGUAGAAAAUAACAUGGCUAUAUACAGGAAGUAGAAAAUAACAUGGUUAUAUACAGGAAUUAUAAAAUAACAUGACUAUAUAUUACUAUUGUGGUCCUCUGUAGCUCAGCUGGUAGAGCACGGCGCUUGUAACGCCAAGGUAGUGGGUUCGAUCCCCGGGACCACCCAUACACAAAAAUGUAUGCACGCAUGACUGUAAGUCGCUUUGGAUAAAAGCGUCUGCUAAAUGGCAUAUUAUAUUAUAUUAUAUAUUAUAUUAUAUACAGGGAGUAGAAAAUAACAUGGCUAUAUACAGGAAGUAGAAAAUAACAUGGCUAUAUACAGGAAGUAGAAAAUAUAAUGGUUAUAUACAAGGAGUAGAAAAUAACAUGACUAUAUACAGGAAGUAGAAAAUAACAUGGCUAUAUACAGGGAGUAGAAAAUAACAUGGCUAUAUACAGGGAGUUGAAAAUAACAUGGCUAUAUACAGGGAGUAGAAAAUAACAUGGCUAUAUACAGGGAGUACCUGUACCGAGUUGAUGUGCAUUACAUAUGAUGUUAUUAGUUGUAUGUACGGGAUCCGCAUGGUAUACAUCGUCCAAGGAAAUGCUUACUAGAGAGGAAAGGUAGGAGAGAGUGGCGCAUUGGAACCCUCGCUGCAGCAGUACAUGUGUAAAAAUAUUGUGAUAUAAUAAUAUUGUGUUGUAUUGUAAUAUAAUAAUAUUGUGUUGUAUUGUAAUGUAAUAAUAUUGUGUUGUAUUGUAAUAUAAUAAUAUUGUGUUGUAUUGUAAUGUAAUAAUAUUGUGUUGUAUUGUAAUAUAAUAAUAUUGUGUCCAGGCGUCUGAGGAGCCUGAGGAGAGAGAGACCCUGGCCCUGAUGGCAGCGAGGGGAGACGGUGAGGACAGUCAGGAUGGACAGACGUACAUAGAGCAAUACACCAGAGGAGUUCUGGAGGUGGAGAAUAUACUGAGCCUGGAGAGACUCAGACAGGUACCCCACACACUACACACUACACACAACACACUACACACACACACACUUCACACUACACACACACAUUUCACGCACACACACUUCACACUACACACACACACACACACACAUUUCACACUACACACACACACACACUACACACACACACACACUUACUUCACACUACACACACACACACAUUUCACACUACACACACACAUUUCACACACACACACACUACACACACACAUUUCACACACACACACACACACUACACACUACACCCACACACACACACACUACACACACACACACACACACUUCACGCUGUUGAAUCGUACUGGAUCUUGCUGUUAAAUGCUGUUCUUUUCAUCCACGAGUUUAGAUGUGUGAAUCCUGUGUGGUUUGUGUAACGUCAAUAUCUAAAUGGGUCACUGCCAACCAGAUUUCUCUCUGGGGACAAUAAAGUUUGUUUGAUUGAUGUCAUCAGGCGGUGACGGUGAAGGAAGCUCUGUCUGUUAAAGGGAGAAACAUCAGAAGGAGUUUCAGCACCCCCAACGUACAGCACGUAAGACACACACCGGCACCUCCAACGUACAGCACGUAAGACAGAAAUGUGUGUGUGUGUCACUGAGAGUUAGUAAUCUCUUGAUGUUGUCUUCCAGUCUUCCUGCAGCAAAACUGACCUGACUGGCUGUGAGGAUGGAGACUGGAAGGUACAGUACAGUACAGUAGAAUGGUUCAUUAUUAUAAAACAGACCUGACUGGCUGUGAGGAUGGAGACUGGAAGGUACAGUACAGUACAGUAGAAUGGUUCAUUAUUAUAAAACAGACCUGACUGGCUGUGAGGAUGGAGACUGGAAGGUACAGUACAAUACAGUGCAGUAGGAUGACUCUUUAUUAAACAAUCUGUUUUAUGGAUCACUUACUGUAGAUCUACUGAUCUAACCCAUAGAAUGGGAAUGUGUAAUAAUACUAGUACCAGUCAUUAUAUUACUAUGCUCUAACCUGUCUGACUGUCUGUCUGGUCGUCUUCCAGGGUCAUUGUGACUAACCUGUCUGUCUGUCUGGUCGUCUUCCAGGGCCAUUGUGACUAACCUGUCUGUCUGUCUGUCUGGUCGUCUUCCAGGGUCAUUGUGACUAACCUGUCUGUCUGUCUGUCUGGUCGUCCUCCAGGGCCAUUGUAACUAACCUGUCUGUCUGUCUGGUCGUCCUCCAUGGUCAUUGUGACUAACCUGUCUGUCUGUCUGGUCGUCCUCCAGGGCCAUUGUGACUAACCUGUCUGUCUGUCUGGUCGUCCUCCAGGGCCAUUGUGACUAACCUGUCUGUCUGUCUGGUCGUCCUUCAGGGCCAUUGUGACUAACCUGUCUGUCUGUCUGGUCGUCUUCCAGGGUGACUGUCAUCAGGAUGUCUCUGACUGCACUCUCCAGGACGGUGGUUCUCUGUGUGGGACGCCACUCAAAAACAAGACAGAGAAUCACGGUAAAAAAACAAGAAUUCAAUAACAACAACUCAAACAUUUAACUAUAUUUGGGACCAGGAGGCCUGACCAGGAAACUCUUGUUUUAGAUUAUAUCUACGGCCCUGAGUGUUUCUUAAUCAGGUUAUGUAGUCAGGAAAACCUCCCUCCCUCCGUUUGAGGACUGUGAUAAGAACUCAAUGGCUGGUUUCCCGGACAGAUUAAGAAUAGUAGAGGACUAAAAAGCAUUCUAAAUGGAGAACUGAAAGAGCUAUGCUUUUUGUUUUUAGUACUGCGUUCCCCCUCAGGUCUGGUACCAGAGAGUCCCACCUUCUUCAACUCUAGCCCGUUCAAGGCCCUCUCUCCCCAGACGCCCAAGUUCCUCAAGUCCCUGCUGCCAGUCAGAGAAGAGAGGAAGACCAAGAGAGUCCUGGAGGCACGACCACUACUGGGACAGGAGGUACAACCAUCUCUCUCUCUCUCUCUCUCUCUCUCUAUCUCUCUCUCUCUAUCUCUCUCUCUCUCCUCUCUCUCUCUCUCUCUCUCUCUCUCUCUCUCUCUCUCUCUCUCUCUUCUCUCUCGCCAUCUCUGGCCCCUUUUAUCUCAUCUCUCCUUCUGUCUUUCUUUCUUUCUGUCUUUCCCUAUUUCCUGUCCUGUGUUUUUCUUCUUCAUCUUCUUUGUCUUCCCCUGUCAUUCCCAUCGUUUCUCUUCAUUCCGUGACAUCCCUCCUUUUCUGCAAUGUGACAGUAUUACAUUACGUCAGUAGUACUCAUUGAAACAGGACAUUUUCCCUAUUCUAAGUGAAUCCAGUACACACAGACAGAUGUUUACUACAUUCAACAGCUACUAAUUCAACUAAACCUGUCUGAUGAUUGCUGAUUGUUCUGGCUGAAUGUGAUCUGCUCACAGAUGUUUGAAAUCUAUCGUAUGAAUGGGGAGCUCCAUGCGCUAAAUCUAUUGUAUGAAUGGGGAGCUCCAUGCUCUAAAUCUAUUGUGAUGCCAUCUCAUCCAAAGCAUUGAUGCUUUCGCGCUGCACUGGACUAGCAUGACAUUUAGGAUGCCAAUGCCAACCAUAUUAAUUUAAUAGACAUUGUUUUCCAUUCAAUAUCGACUGCAUGUCUGUAUCACCAGUUCUAGUACAGUAACUAACUAACUCUACAACCUAUUGACUGCACCGGACUGUGCAUGUAUGUAUGAGUGUAUGUUAACUCACCUGCUCCAUGCAUGCCUCCUGUGUAACCCCCAUCUGCAGAGCUUGCGCUCCUCAUGUGUGGACAGCUCCGUGCUGCUCCCCCCUCCCUGCCACGGCCAUGCCCCCUGGCGCAGGCCUAGAGCGGGCAGCGAAGGCCACCGCACCCCCUUCACCGCCACCCUCACCCCCUCCACCCUCACCCCCAGUACCUGCACCAGCAGACAGCUCAGCCUCACACUGCCACACACCGCUGUAAGUCACCACAAACACACACACACAAAUACCAUGGUGCCUUACACUGAAGUGAAUACAGUAUGAAGUGCAUGAUGUCAUCAGCUCAUGUUUCCGCCCCCAUCUUCCAACAUCAUCUCAACCAACCAACACUCCAUCCAUCGUUACAGUCACUGUCCUCAAUGCAUUUGAAUAUCCUGUAAUAGGUAGACAUAGGCUCCAAUGGUGGCUGGUGACACAUUAAAUCAGAAGAGGGCUCUUUGUAACAGCUGGAAUGAAAAACAUUGAAUGGCAUCAAACAUAUCAAACACGUCUUUGAUUCCAUUCACUCCAUUCCAGCCGUUGUUGAGUUUCCCCUCACCAGCCUCCACAGAUAGGCUCCUUGCAGAAAGAACAGUAGCUGACUUUGUCCCUAUGUGGUGUCUGUCCUCUGUCUGUCUCUGUGUGGUGUCUGUCCUCUGUCUGUCUCUGUGUGGUGUCUGUCCUCUGUCUGUCUCUGUGUGGUGUCUGUCCUCUGUCUGAUGUCUGUCCUGUGUCUGUAUGUCUCUGUGUGGUGUCUGUCCUGUCUCUGUCUGUCUGUCCUAUGUCUGUCUCUCUGUGGUGUCUGUCCUCUGUCUGUCUCUCUGUGGUGUCUGUCCUGUGUAUGUCUGUCUCUGUGAUGUCUGUCCUGUGUCUGUCUGUCUCUGUGUGGUGUCUAUCCUGUCUCUGUGUGAUGUCUGUCCUGUGUCUGUCUGUCUCUGUGUGGUGUCUGUCCCAGGACUCUGAGGAGGAGGCAGACAUGGAAAUGGCCCUGAGUUUUGGCAUGGGCCCUCAGCACUUCCACAGCUUCCAGUCCUACAUCCCAGUGGACUUUGCCAACUUUGAGGUGUACAACGCUACCCUGGAGACCCAGGAGGGGGUGGUGUGUGUGGCGGGGGGCAGGGGAGAGCUGAGGGGGGGUCGGGGGAGGGGGGGAUAGAGAGGUGGCUCCACGGAAGCCCCACCGCCAGCAGCUGCACCAGCGGUUACUUCUCCCACAGUGCCUCAGACGCCCCGUCUCUCUGACGUGCCCUCGGCGCCAUGCGACAGCUACGACCAGCUCAGCGCCUCCGCGAUGGCUCAAGAGAAGGAAUGACUCUGACCGUGACACAACCCCCACACCACCGUCCACCCCCACGAGACCCCCUCCUUCGCCUCCACCCCAUGACCAGAGUGCCUCCCGUGGGGUGACACCAACCCUGCUGUCCCCCCCUGGCGUCCCCCCCAGCCCCCCCCCCAUCCCCCAAACCACAUUCGUUGGGUUUGGCUCGGGGGGUUUUUCGUCCUGUUUGAUCUUUUGGGGGUGUCUUUUGCCCUUUCUUCUUCUUUUCCUUUUUUGGGUUUCCUCCCCCCCUUUCCUCUUUUCGUCCGGGAAAGGGGCCGGGGUUCUUUCCUUUUUUCCGGCCCCUGGGGGGUUUUUCCCCCUUCUUGGUCGGUCCUUUUCCUUCUUUGGGGUUUUUUUUCUUCCCGGCUCUAAGGGGGGCCGGGAAAAAGGGGGUUUUUAGGGAAACAGUUAGUUCAUAGGGAGGGGGAAAAAGUAGGGAAAGGGGGAGGGGGGGGGGGGGGGGGGGAGGGGGGGGGAAAGGGGGGGGGGAGGGGGGGAAAAAAGGGGGGGAAAGGAAGGGGGGCCCCCAAAGGGUUUUUUUGGGGGAGAGAGGGGCCCCGACGGGGGGGGGGCGGGGACAACCCAAAAGGUGCGGGAAAAAAGGAAAGCCCGACCAAACCAAAAACCCCCCCCCGCCCCCCCGCCCCCCCAGACCGGGGUCCCCCCCGGGGGGGAACCCGCCCGGGUCCCCCGGCGCCCCCCAGCCCCCCCCCCCCCCACCCCCCCUCCCCGCUUUUCCAACGCCGGACCCCCCCCGGGCGGGGGGGUUUUUUGGCCCCCUUUUUGGGGCCCAAGGGGGGGCCCGGAGGGCAUGGGGGGGGGGGAAAGGGGGGGGGGCCCCGGGGGGGGAAAAACCAAGGGGGCCAAAAAAAGGGAAAAAAAAUUUCAAAACGGGGCACAACCCCAAAAAAAAAAAAAAAAAGGGGGGGGGGAAACCCCCCCCCCCAAAACCACCCCCCCCCCCAAAAAAAGUUGCAGCUGACCACCCCCGCCCCCCCCCCUAGGGAAAAGGGGGGAAACCCCCAACCCCGGGGAAAUGGGAGAAACCCCCCCGGGAGGCCCCGCCCAACCCCCCCCCCCCAACCCCCCCCAAUGGGGGCCCGGGCCCCUUAGGGGAGGGUUUCUCCUUUCGGUUCCCCCCCAAAAUUUGGGGGGGGGGACGGUUUGGGGGGGGGGAAAAGGGGUGGAAAACCCCGGGGGGGGACCCCGGGGGGGUUGUGCACGGCGUCGGGUUGGGGGCGGUUUUCCCCUGUGGGGGGAAAAAAGGAAGGAUCCCCCAAAAAACCUUUUCCCCAAGUCACUCUUUUGGGGGCCCCCCCUUGUUUAAAAAGGCCUUUGGGGGGUGAACCCCCUUUACCCCCCUUUAGGGGGGCCCCAAUAAAAAAAACCCCGGGCCCUGGGGAACCCAAAAAAAGGGGAAAUUAGGUUGCCAACCUGAUUUUUCCAUAGGAAGAAAGAUCCAGGGGGUUUAUUCCGCCCCCUCCCCUGUUUUCAACCCCCCCCCAAAGGCCCCCCCUACCCCACGCCCCCAGAGGGUCCAAUUAAAAAAUUAAAACCCAAAAUUCCCCGUUUGGGGGAAAGGGGGGUUUUUUUAACGGAGGAAUGGGAAAAACAUUGAAUGCAUCAAACAUAUCAAACCGGCUUUGAUUCCAUUCACUCCAUUCCAGCGUUGUUGAGUUUCCCCUCACCAGCCUCCACAGAUAGGCUCCUUGCAGAAAGAAACAGUAGCUGGACUUUGUCCCUAUGUGGUGUCUGUCCCUCUGUCUGUCUCUGUGUGGUGUCUGUCCUCUGUCUGUCUAUGUGUGGUGUCUGUCCUCUGUCUGUCUCUGUGUGGUGUCUGUCCUCUGUCGAUGUCUGUCCCUGUGUCUGUAUGUCUCAUGUGUGGUGUCUGUACUGUUAUCUGUCUGUAUGUCCUAUGUAUGUCUCUCUGUGGUGUCUGUCCUCUGUGCGUCUCUCUGUGGGUGUCUGUCCUGUGUAUGUCUGUCUCUGUGAUGUCUGUCCUGUGUCUGUCUGUCUCUGUGUGGUGUCUAUCCUGUCUCUGUGUGAUGUUCGUCCUGUGUCUGUAUGUCUCUGUGUGGUGUCUGUCCCAGGACUCUGAGGAGGAGGCAGACAUGGAAAUGGCCCUGAGUUUUGGCAUGGGCCCUCAGCACUUCCACAGCUUCCAGUCCUACAUCCCAGUGGACUUUGCCAACUUUGAGGUGUACAACGCUACCCUGGAGACCCAGGAGGGGGUGGUGUGUGUGGCGGGGGGCAGGGGAGAGCUGAGGGGGGGUCGGGGAGGGGGGGAUAGAGAGGUGGCUCCACGGAGCCCCACCGCCAGCAGCUGCACCAGCGGUUACUUCUCCCACAGUGCCUCGGACGCCACGCUCUCUGACGUGCCCUUCGGCGCCAGCGACAGCUCCGACCAGCUCAGCGCCUCCGCGAUGGCUCAAGAAAGGAAUGACUCUGACCGGGACACCCACCACCUCCACCCCCACGAGACCCCCUCCUUCGACUCCACCCAGACCAGAGGUGCCUCGCCGUGGGGUGACACCCAGACCCCUGCGUGUCCCCCUGGCGUCCCCUCCCAGCCCCUCCCCAUCCCCCAAACCACCACCUCCCCCUCCUCCCCUGUCAGUAUUCCUAACUGCUCGGAGCAGCAGCCCUCCCCGCUGCCCCGCAGGUGUGUCCUCAGCGUCAGCCAGGAGUUUACAGACUUCAAGGGGGCCGACGACGGCAUGGGGGAUCUGGGUGAGCUGGGACACUUCCAGGAAGGAUGGCAGCCUGGGGACGCACCACACAUAUCCUCUGUCCAACAAGAGAAGGAGAAAGAGGUCUCUGACAAACACGCGGUCGUCAUCAACACACAACAACAACAACAACAUACAUCUCACCCCGGUAACGCCCCGCUCCCUCAGAACCACUCCUACCUCCACAACGGCAAACCGUGUGUCAGCAGCGUAGCCAUACCCUGCCCACCCCCCUCCAGCCCCCCAGGCCAACUAGCAGGAGGAGAGCCCCAGAUCCAGGAGCCGAUCCAGGGAGACCUACCUCCAGGGAGCCCCUGUCCCAGCCCUAGCUGCCCCAGCCCCAACCCCAGCAGCACUGAGGCCUCUGGGGACUCCUCUAGCGGGGACGAGGGCUCUGGCUCUGGUUCUCCGGUGGCCCAGCUGCCUGACUGGAUGGCUCCCGGGGAGCAGGUAUGGGUGGGGAAGAGGAGUGCCACAGUGCACUACGUCGGGGGGGUGGAGUUCGCCAAGGGGAUCUGGGUCGGUGUGCAGCUGGACGUGGCUGUGGGUGAGUGGCUGUUUAUUUAUCAAAUGAUGUUAUGUGUAAUAAUGAUGUAAUAGGAUGCGUCCCAAAUAGUACCAUAUUCCCUAUACUAUAGUGCACUGCUUUUGGGUGCACCCAUAGUGCUAUUGUCAAAAGUAGUGCACUAUGUAGGGUGAGACUGUCAUUUGGGACACACUCUUAGAGUGCUGGUGCUCUGGCAAUACUUAACUGACCUUAAUGGGACCUGUGAGGAACCUAUCAGGUGUUUGAAAUGUAUUGUGAAUGUGACACAUGACUCCUGAAUACCCCCUCUGUCUCCACUAUCCAGGCAAGCACAACGGGACAGUCCAGGGGAGGGUUUACUUCCGCUGUCCUCCAGGCUACGGGGUGUUUGUCAAGCCC